GAAAACUAUCUGUUGCGUUGGGAGGGGUCUUCUCGAUGACAGGCCUGACAGGAAAGUCAAAAUGGAAUAACAAACGAAUUUGUUCCUUCAUCAAGCCACGCGACUACCAUCUCUACAAAUCAACUCUUUUUCAUCUUUCCGCAUUUUUACUCUGCUUUCUCUCUCACUGCCAAAAAAUUGACCCAAUUCCGCAAAGGGUUAAGCUCGGUUCCAGAGUGAUAUAAAUUGCUCCGGAUUGGGUUUUCUGUGAGAAAAAAGCAAAUGAUAUUGAUGGGUGUGUUCCCUUUUGAGCAAAGUUAGUGACUUGCAGAGGCGGUGGCAGGGAAUCGAAGGAUGAGCGCAGAGGACGAUGACUCAGAGGGGAAAAGAUUGAAACUUCGGCAAGAUGAGGUGUUCAAUUGUGGUGUGAAGAAUUUCCAGCGCGAUCUGGUGGCUGGGGCGUUGAUGGGCGGUGUGGUGCACACGAUUGUUGCCCCAAUUGAGAGGUCGAAGCUGUUGCUACAGACUCAGGAGAGCAAUUUGGCCAUUGUGGCGAGUGGGCGUCGCAGAUUCAAGGGAAUGUUUGAUUGCAUAGCCCGUACGGUCAGGGAAGAAGGCAUUCUCUCUUUGUGGCGAGGUAAUGGCAGCAGUGUUAUUCGUUACUAUCCUUCUGUGGCCCUCAAUUUCUCUCUCAAGGAUCUUUACAAAAGCAUUUUAAGGGGUGGAAACUCUAGUGAUAAUAAACUUUUGACAGGUGCCACUGCAAAUUUCGUGGCUGGUGCUGCAGCCGGUUGCACAACACUUGUACUGGUUUACCCCCUUGACAUAGCACACACGCGCCUUGCUGCAGACAUUGGAAGUACUGAAGUGCGCCAAUUUCGAGGUAUUUUCCAUUUCUUGGCUACCAUAUUCCACAAGAAUGGCAUUCGCGGAAUCUACAGGGGCCUUCCUGCAUCUCUUCAAGGGAUGGUGGUACACAGGGGCAUAUAUUUUGGAGGUUUUGAUACCAUGAAAGAGAUAUUGUCUGAAAAAUCAAAACCUGAGUUGGCGUUGUGGAAGCGUUGGGUAGUAGCUCAGGCAGUCACAACCUCUGCCGGAUUGAUAUCUUAUCCGUUAGACACGGUUCGUAGGAGGAUGAUGAUGCAAUCUGGCAUGGAACAGCCAAUGUAUGACAGCACCCUUGACUGCUGGAGGAAGAUGUACAGGACUGAAGGGCUGGCUUCAUUUUACCGUGGUGCAGUUUCUAAUAUGUUUAGGAGCACAGGAGCAGCUGCUAUCUUAGUGUUGUAUGAUGAGAUUAAGAAAUUUAUGAACUGGGGAAGUUUCUAACAGCACCAGCGUUCGUUGAUUUCAUUUUGAUACCAGAGACUCAACUUCAAUA